CCCACAGAACAGUUAUGUCAAGUCGAGAAAUAUCAUUUUGCUCUGAACAACUACAGGGUGAAGUUUAUAUUAUUACAAAUCGAAAUAGCACUUGACCGCACGUCCGAUAAAAUCGCAUCGGGUGAGAUCGUGGCAGUGCCCCAACAAACGUUGCGAACGGCUUACAAAAAUGCCCUAAUGCCGUGACUUGUCCCAUUUUGCAGUCAUUUUUAUUAUUUUCUGAGCCUAUAGUCAAACUAUCACAUCUUGGAAUUCGCUUUUUUGUAUUUAUUAAACGCCAGCAAAACAAAAGCUCAAAGUCGUCCAUUGCCAUUGCUAUCCGAGCAAGUCGAUGCAAAAUGUUACUUGGGUCAUUUUGAAAUGUCAUUUUGAAAGCCCGCAGUUACAACGGCGUACACUUUCACGAAAUUCUUGCAACUCAUGGUGAAGCAUUUCGUAGAACGCGUGUGUGAGCUUGCUUUUCACUAUUUGCCGAUCUGUGCCUUUCCAAUAAAACGUAAACCGCUUGAAAAUGGAACAGGGGACGAAACAUGGCACCCUUUUUUACAAUGAUGGAAAAGGUAUGUGGAAACUCCUGGGAGCGGUAAAAAGUCAACGCAUUGGAAUUGGUAAAAAUCCCAUCAACCAUAUUGUGCUGGAGGUACCGCAUGCGGAUAUAAUUCACUGCGAGAUUACCCUAAAGGAUAAUGUGGCUAUGAUACGCAACUUUUCAUACCCCAAUCCCAUCCGUGUGAACGGUUUGAAGGUGUACCAUGAAACUCAACUCCGCAGUAAGGAUACGAUCCAGGUGGCGGGAUUUAUACUGCUUUGGUACCACGUAAAUUCCCUUGAUGAAUGGUGGCGUCUGAUGCAAUUCGGCGACGAUAAUCGUCCUACGCAGAAUAUAGUUAGAGCAUUUUUGACGCUCAACACUGAUAGGAAUGCUAAACUACGAUUUUUUGGUUGUGAUAUGCCUCCGGCGCAAAUCCUACCGGAUGGGACGCUUUGCAAACAGGAGAAGAUGAUGAGCGUGCAGGCACUUAAGUUGCAGAAGGAAAUCAACCAUGCGGUGAUAAUCAGCAAUUUUUAUAAUGUGGACAUGGAGGAACUGGUAGGAAUGUGACCUGUAGGCAGAGGACGUGAAGGAAGCUGGUGAGCAGAAGAAUGAGGAGUAGUAAAUUAAUAUUAGUGUCUGGACGGAACGACGGCCCAAUACGGCCGAAUUUAGGACCAAUAGAUGACAGGCCAGAACAAGGGCGAGAACGAGCUGGGUGAGGAGUGUGGCAAACAUGCCCAGGACCCAGAAGGUUGCUCCGAUCAACUCAGUUGCAAUUUCUCACCAUUCAUGUUAAUUUUUUCGUAAAACUGAACAAAAAUAAUAACAAACAUUGAGGGAACCUCAACAAACUGUCCCUGCUCUUUCCAAUCUUUUGAAUAAUCUCAGAACCGGAUGUGGAUCACUCCUCAUUUACCAUGCUUGAUUGCUCGGCGCGUGUAUAAAUCAUCCUAAGGCUAGCGAAUAGAGCAGCAUGCUCUGAAUGUACCAGCGUCAUAGAACUUGCUAGAUGCGUCUGCCACAAUCGCACCAAAGGUCAUAUUCGUGGGUGUAGUCAUCGCCGGUGCAAGUAACUUCCAGCGAUAAGAUAAAGCUAAAACGAAAGCUACUAGCUUAGCUCACAACGGCACCACUUGCCCACACCGGAAAGGGUUCAAUAUCGGCGAUUUGGAUAACUUGGCAGCAACGUUGUGCACAUUGCACAGCCAUGCUGGCUGACGCCCUUGAUUACUCUCUUGAAUUCUAAUAAGAAAUAGAAUGUAAUAUCGUAAAAUAGAAUUAGAACAAGAUCACGUGCAAUGGAGCUGCCCUGCUUAGCCUGUUUUAUUACAAGAUUAAAUUCUUCGGAGCUUAUUACAGGAACAUCUCAAACAAUGUAACAAUUUACAAACAAUCGAAACAU